GUUCUGUCGAUAUAAAAUAGGAAAUAUUACAUUGUUUUUACUCAAGUGAGAAAAUAUUGCACUGGAUUGCAUUUUGGAAGACCCUUAACUCAAGCGAUGUACAACGGCGCUUCAUCCAAUUCCGAUUCAAAAAAGAUGAAACAGCAACAGGAUCCUGUCCAGGAAGAAUCCAUUUUGAUAACGCAUUUCGUAAAUCCCCACCAAUUCAGCUAUGUGAGGUGCAUAGAUGUGGAGAACUCAGCAAUGUUGGUUCGCCAAAUAGAGCAGAAUUUGAAGGAUUACUGCACCAGUGAAAGGACUAAGCAGGUUUACGUGACGAAUGAGGGAGUUAUUGUGCGCUACCAGCGAUGGAGUCCACCCAAGCUCGUGAGGGGUGUGGUGCGCAGGCGGCAGGACGAGGAGUACCUGGUCUGGAUCCUGGAUUACGGAUUUAACCUCUGCUGUUCUGUGCGGGACUUGUGGCCGCUGCCUGACCAUUUGAGCCGCAGUUUAUGCGACUUUAAAGAGGGUGGUGUGGCCUUGAUUACUCCCCAUUCUGGCAGUGCCUGGACCCGAUCCGCCAUUGAGUCCUUAGACAAGCAGCUAGAGGAAGCUAAUCAGCUCACAUUUCAAGUCUUACAUCGUGGCAAAUCGAAUCGAAAUUUCGGGCUGCUUAAGUUCAGAUCAUCAUGCCAGACUGAGGAUGCUGCAUACUUUCUGAUGAAGCAGGACCAAGGGCGCUGCAACGAGUCCUCGACCAUGGACAUCCCUUACGAGGAUAUAAGCUUUGAAAAGGCUGAGAUCAACGACAUGGCGAUCGAUACACGCCCGCGUCUAAGAAGGAUAAUUGAACUAUUGUCGGAGAAUGCUAAAGAAUCGACUCCAAUUCCUUUUGCAAUUCAACAGCAGAAGCUAGAUGGCCCGCUUCAGAAUCUUAAAUCCUAUCUUAUACCAAACUCCGGAAAACUCCUGAGCAAGGUUCAAAGUAUCAGCGAAAGUUCGGUACAAACGGCUCUGGCUAAUAGAUUAGAAAUAGAACAAAUUAGCAAAGAAAUACCGCAUAAAGCGAAUCAAUCAGAAGAAAAUGGAAAAACGGAGGUAAAAUACAUAGAAUCUGAAAAUUUAUCAGAAUGUUUAUCAAAAGUCAAGCUUUCAUCAUAUCAGCAAAAGAAUACCGAUUCAUCAGCCGUGAGUAGACCAAGUAAUCCAUCUACAAAUUCAAACUCCAAUGUUCGCAAAUCGAUGCCAAUAUUUAAAUCACAUGGAGCACACUUAACUCCUUCGUUAUCCGUACCUUUAACCGAGAAUAGUACUAACCAGUCGAAUAAUCGAACAGUACUAUUUUCAAUGGAUAGAAUGGAACAAAUAUUUAAUGACAUGCUUGGUAAAAGUCCAUCCGAAAGAAUUGUACAAAGAAAUCGAAGCCAGAUGCCUAAUCCUAAUGUUUUAACAACAAAAAGAUGUGUAGAAAAGGUGCACGUAUCCCGCUCAGAAAACAUGGGUGAUAGAAAGCCAAGUGUUUGUUUGAAGCAUCUAGUGCUGGCCCAUAGUUCCGAGCCAGUGAAUCCUGUCACUAGUUACAAGGAAUUACCUUUGGGCAAUACUAUCCUGGACGCCAUGGAUGACUUGAACUUCCAAACACCUCUGCCCACUCAAAUUUACGCGUGGCCGCAUCUCGUGAACCGCGGAUCCCUGGUGCUGGUCAAUCCCUCCGGAACGGGUCGCUCUUGGAGCUAUCUUCCUGUGAUUUGCUCUUCAGUUUUGAGCUCCUUGGAAAAUGUAACUUCAAACCUCGAUACUCGGAUUGCACCGGGGCCACUGGCCAUACUGAUAGUAGAUUCUGUAGAGAAUGCCAAAAAGCUGGCUUCCCAUUGCGAAUUCCUAAUGAGAGAUUUUAACACCCAAAAUCUUAAGGUGGUCAAUACACAUGAUCAUUCCAUGACGGAUGUGCACCUGAUGCUACUCAAUUCGUGCGGUGUUUUAGUGACAACAUUGGGGCAUUUAAACGAUAUAUUGUCCAAUGAAUUGCCAGUGGUAAAUCCGACUAGAUUAGAGUUCCUAAUCUUCGAUGAUUACGAUCGCAAGCGACUAGAGAACGCGGAGCUCCUGAAGGAAGUGUUUCAGAAAGUUAAUAGCAUCGGUUGCCUAUCAAAGCAGUUAGUUCUCGUAGCUCAACAAUGGCACUCCGAGAGAUUUCAGAAGCUUUUAAAUCGUACAACGAAGCCAUUGAUACUAUUUGGGGACUUCUUAGAGGCCGCCCUUUACGGAGGUCUCAAAUUUCAUGUAACUCUUCGCAGUUCCGCCUUGAAGGGACGGCAGCUUCUUGAUAUCCUAGCAGCACAGGAUGUUUCGAAAAAGCGCACAUUGAUCUACUGCAAAAAUCAGAUGGAGCUGGAAGAACUAAGUGCGAUCUUAAUAGAAGCCGGACAUCAAUGUGUGGAUAUUUCAAAGGCACAAAAUCAGAGCCCUAAUCAGUUGAUGCUUGUCGACGAUAGCCAGGUCCGGGAACAGUUGCCAGUGAGAAACAUUCAGCUGCUUAUCCAUUUCAGUCUGCCGGAGUCGUGGUUAAGAUUUUCGAGGCGAUUCCACACAAUGGCAGACAACAUACGGAAUUUAUUCACAACGCCAAUGGAAAGAGUGCCACAUUUAAUUACUUACAUAUUGAUGGACGAGAAUAACGCCAAGGAAUGGCCGCGCAUCAUGAAGUUCUUACAGGAUCACGGUUUGGCCACCCAAUCUAUGCCCGAAAGUCAGCAGCAUAUGGAUAACAGUCUUCCCUACUGCCCAUACAAACUAAGUAAUGGUGAUUGCAAUCGGAACCAGUGCAACAAGCGGCAUCACUUCCUUAAGACUGAUCUUCCUAAAAUUGGAAAUCCUCUCCUACAACCGGGUACCCUGAUUCGUUGCAAGUUCCUCAAAGCCUAUGAUGCCGCUCAUAUGGCUGUCAUGCCCAUGAAGUAUAAGUCCAAAGACUCGAUCAGUUGGAUGGAUGUGCCUUAUCCUUCACAUCCAUCGACAUUAGCCUUCAAGAUGAGCUUCGGUGUGCCACGAAAGGUACACAACCCGUGCAUAAUAAACGAUGUGUGCUUUGUGCAAUAUAAGGAACUCUUAAGCCGGGUUAGGAUUGUUGACAAUCCUGUCAGAACUCAAGUCACUGUUCAGUUGAUGGAUUAUGGAACUGAGUUACUGCAGGUCAAGGCUAGUCAGCUGCUGGAGUGUCCGGAGCAGUUUCGAGACCUGCCACAUCUGGCCAUGGAUAUUCGUUUGUCGGGAUUGGCAGGAUCAGGACAAGAUGGAAUGUGGUCAACGGAUUCCAUUCAAUGGGUGGAGGAGAGGUUUGCUGACAUCAACGAAGAGAUCAUGCAGGUAACCGUCGACUUUGGUGUUCUGGAUGUGGCCUACGUCAAGGAAAUCGCUUUGAUAGAGGAGUGCCCAACAAUGCUGACGAGUGUCUACAAAACGUUUUUGCGCAAGGAACUGCUCCGACAAGGAUUCGCCAAAAUUGACAACACAAGCAUCCUAGAGCUCCGUGCAAUCCAUGAACAAUGGAAACAAGAAAUGGAAGAACUGAGAGCCAACAAGGAAAACAUUGUAUGUAGCUUGGAUAAUCGUGACAGCGAAAUAACUGUUCUGCAAAACAAACAAGCAACUUGUUCUUCAGGAAAGGAAGAAGACCUCAAUCCGGUUGAAACCCCCUUAAUGAUAGCUUCACCCAAUGAAACUCUGGAGGAAAGAAAGGACGUGUCAGAAAAAGUUAAAAAUGAAAUUGUGGAAUUAAAUGAUCCUAACAAACCAUUGAAGAUGGAACAAGUCCAAGACGCUUCACCACUAGACAGUUCCACUGCCUUAAUAAACGCUUUGAUUCGCGAUUUAAACACUACAAGUCCGACAAAGAAAAAGAAUACACAAGAAUUCCUAAAAAACGUAGUACAUGAAGAAGAGACUCAGUCAAUCCAACAUGAAAUAUCCUCUAUCAAUUCUUUAAAACAAGAUAAAACGAUAGUGGUUGCUCCCCAAGAUCCUCCAAAGGAAUUUCUUCCACAGUACUUAAACUGCACUACGAAAUCUAGAGAAUCAGUGUAUCCCAUGGUAAAAUGGCACCAGACACUAACCCAUAUCGAACUGGUUGUUGAACAACAGGUGCUGGAGUAUAAGCUUGUUCUAGAGGGAAAUACAUUAGAAUACAAGGUGAAUGAGACGACACCUCCGCAACGAUUUAUCCUUAAUCUGCUGGGAGAGGUGAGGAUCGACUCGGUGAAGCAACACGGUUAUUACCUACAUAUCAAGUUGACCAAGGUGGGUCUACUCUUCCACUGGCCAACUCUUCUCAACUCGCUCUAUGUUCAAAAACAUGCCCACUGGCUGAUCUACGAUACGGAGCGUUCUCAUGGACCUCCACCAUCAUUUGGUUUGGUCCUUUGGGAAGGGUACUUGGCGCACAAGAAAACAAAGAGCAACUCCGAUUCUGAGGGAAGUGAGUUCAGUUCCACCCCAGAGGACUUCAUCGAGCCAGGGGUGGAAUACUGCGAAAUGGACUCGACCUUUUAUGAAGAUUAACAGCAUUUUUAGGGUUGUCAAUUACUUUGAUUUCGAAGAUCACUGUAAAAACCAGUGAGCUAAUUUUUAGUUAUUAUUUUAGUUUGUAUUGACAAUUUCAUCUUAGGUAAACCCAGGAUUGGGUUUUACCCAUUGUAAUAUGUAACAAUUAAAGUUCUAUGCUAUUUUCAGAUAAAUUAAAA